GCCACGCCUGUUCGGGAGCUGACGUCAUCACACUGCGACCCGAGUAGUAGCUUAUUGUAGCGGGCGAUCCUGAAAGCGAGAGGCGAUGAACAGCCGCCUGCAGGAGAUCCGAGCCCGGCAGAAGCUGCGCAGGAGGCUGCUGGCCCAGCAACUGGGGGCGGAAAGUGCUGACAAUAUCGGCGCCGUACUAAACAGCAAAGAUGAGCAAAGGGAGAUCGCCGAAGCCAGAGAAAUGUGUCGAGCUUCAUAUGAUACAUCAUCACCUACUCUGAAGCGGAAACCUCCAGAGGAAGGGGAGGCCAGCGAAGAAGUGAUUGAAGAAUGCAAGGAUACAGUUGAACCACAGAAGGAAGAAGAGAACUUGCCCUAUAAAGAAGAAGUUUACAAAGAUUCUAGCACUUUCUUAAAGGGCACCCAGAGCUUGAAUCCUCACAACGACUAUUGCCAGCAUUUUGUUGACACGGGCCACAGACCUCAGAACUUUAUCAGAGACGUUGGAUUAGCGGACCGGUUUGAGGAAUAUCCAAAACUCAGAGAGCUGAUCAGACUGAAGGAUGACUUGAUAUCAAAAUCCAAUACUCCUCCAAUGUACCUACAAGCGGACCUUGAGACAUUUGAUCUGAGAGAGCUGAAGAGUGAGUUUGAUGUAAUCCUCCUUGAACCGCCACUGGAAGAAUAUUUCAGGGAAACGGGCAUUGCCGCCCAUGAAAAGUGGUGGACCUGGGAAGAUAUCAUGAAAUUAGAUAUUGAAGGCAUUGCAGGCUCCAGGGCCUUUGUGUUCCUGUGGUGCGGCUCUGGAGAAGGUCUGGACUUUGGUAGAAUGUGCUUGCGGAAGUGGGUUAGACGAUCUGAAGACAUUUGUUGGAUAAAAACUAAUAAAGACAAUCCUGGCAAGACCAAGACCUUGGACCCUAAGGCAAUCUUCCAGAGGACAAAGGAGCACUGCCUUAUGGGUAUUAGAGGAACGGUGCACCGCAGCACUGAUGGCGACUUCAUCCAUGCCAAUGUUGAUAUUGACCUCAUCAUCACAGAGGAGCCAGAAAUAGGAAACAUUGAAAAGCCAGUAGAGAUCUUUCACAUUAUUGAACACUUCUGUCUGGGACGGAGGCGACUCCACCUCUUUGGCAGAGAUUGCACAAUUCGACCUGGGUGGCUUACUGUGGGACCUACAUUGACAAACAGCAACUUCAACUCUGAGACAUAUGCAUCAAAUUUCAAUGCUCCUAAUUCAACUCUAACUGGCUGCUCUGAAGAAAUCGAGAGGCUCCGACCCAAAACACCACCACCAAAAUCAGACCGUGGCUUUGGUACAUCUAGAGGUGGUGUUCGUGGGGGGUCCUCUGUGGGUAGAGGAGAACGAGGUAGAGAGAGGAACAGAGGAAGCUUUAGAGGAGACAGAGGAAACUUUCGAGGACGGGGAGGUCCACACAGAGGUGGAUUUGCCCCUCGUUAAUCCAUUCCUAGGGUUGGCUUGUAACCUUUCUUUUUAUUUUCAUGUAACAAAUGUGAUACUGUUAAAGGAAAAAAUGUUUUCCAGAUGUGUAAGCUUUAAUCUUGACUUAGGACGCUGGCAUAUCUUUGUUGAUAUUUUUAUAAUAAAAAAUGUAAAAUGUC